UAUAUAAAAUAUACGAAAUAUAAAUAUAAAAAAAUAAAUAUAUUUCAUAUAUUCUGUGGUAGCAGCUGAUCGGUGAUCGGUCAGUUGACGUAAUUUUGGAGGGCGAAUGUUCAACAGAUUUCCGGGUAGCAAAAAUGUUGCAAUAGGGCAAAUAUUGUACGUGCCAAAAGCUAAUUUUGUUGCGACAAUCGCCAGGAAAACUUAGCCAUAACUGAAAAAAUUGUUUAAAUAGUUUUUUGCGGUCCGAGUGAAUGAUAGCAAUUAGAACAAUAAAUAUGUCAUCAACGAAAAGAAUACUGCAUGCCCUGAUCAUGGGUGCUCCAGGCUCUGGAAAAGGAACUGUGUCAGAACGGAUAGUCCAAUCUUUUGACAUGUUACACAUAUCUAGUGGUGACAUACUGCGAAACAUGAUACGAGAGAAGACUGAAUUAGGUAUUCAAGUCAACAAAUUUGUGUCCACCGGGCAACUUGUGCCUGAUGAACUCAUGUUGAAAACAAUUGGCGGCGAGUUGAAUCGUUUGUCGUCAACUGAUCGCAGCUGGCUGCUGGAUGGCUUCCCAAGAACCAAACCACAGGCACUGAAUUUAUUCAAAAUAGCACCUGUCCAAGUUGUAAUUAGCCUUGACGUUCCCUUUGAUAUCAUCAUCAAUAGAAUUAAAGGUAGAUGGAUACAUGCACCAAGUGGACGAGUAUACAACACGGAUUUUAAUGCUCCAAAAGUACCUGGCUAUGAUGAUGAAACUGGUGAACCAUUAAUGCAACGUGAUGAUGAUAAACCGGAAUCUGUUAAGAAACGUUUAGAAAUAUACUCAGAGAUGGCUGGUCCGAUUUUAGAAUAUUAUGCUGAGCAAAAUGUUUUAGUAAAAUUCUCUGGACAAACUACUAAUGAAAUUUGGCCUCAAGUUUACAAAUACUUGUCUACUAGGAUUGAACCAAAAGAAAAACGUGCAUAAGACUUGUAAAUAAUAGAUAUUACAUCUCCCAAUGUCUAAAUUGUUGUAAGGUAUAAUUUGAUAAUCAAAAACUGAUUUUAUAUAGGUAUCUUUUUUUUUUAUUAUUAUUGUUGUUAUAUGGUUAUAUAUAUAUACUUGUCUG